AGAGAGAGAGAGAGAGAGAGAGAGAGAGAGAGAGAGAGAGAGAGAGAGAGAGAGAGAGAGCAGGUAUCAUAAAGCACCUGUCUGUUCGGAUAGUGUUACUAGGAGGAUCCUUCACUGGCUGGAUCUGUGAAAAUUGCUUUGUUUGUUUCAUCGACUUCUAACUUUCCUUUGACCCAAAAAAGGUAACAUUACCUAGUGCAUAAGUCCUCCGCUUUUGGAAUAUAUUGGAAUGGCAGAUUUUCCUGGGAAGGUGAACACUCAGACAAGCUCUUCUCAGUUUCAGACAGCAAGUCCCGUGCAAGUCAUGAACAUAUCUUUUGACUUGAACUUCAUUAAAAGUGUACAAGGGGUUCUUCUUCUGGUGGAGAUUAUUUUUGGCCUGCUGGUGUGGGCCCUUAUCUCCAGUGCUGAGUAUUGGCAUGUGGCCGCCUUAGGCUGGGUGUUGUUUGUGAGCAUAACGCUGUGGAUCCUCAGCACUGUGCUCUACAUCAUGCUUAUCUUGAGUAUGAGGCAAAAAUUGUCCUCCAUACCCUGGCCUCUAGCGCUGCUGGUGUUUUAUGGGGUUGCGAGCAUCCUGUACCUCACGGCCUUCCUGGCAAACGCAGUUUCAGUCAGUCACUUUGGAGGAUAUAACUUUAAUCACAUGGCAGCGUCUGCGUCUUUUGCCAGUUUUGUGAUGGGGAUUUACAUUGGCAGCACCAUUCAUGCUUUCAUAGAGUGGAAGGGUGAUGGAGGAAAUGCAGCUAUGGCUACUGUUCCUGUGUAGCCACUGAGCCUGUGCUCUGACAAGGAGCUCUUACAGAUGUGACAAAUUCUU